UAAUAGUGUUAUUAUAACACUGAAAAGAAAGGGACCCAUUUUUGUGUGUGUGUGGUCUGUUCUCUCAGUCUCAGAUCUCACCUUCUCUUUCUUUCUUUCUCUCUCUUUUGUUCUUUUCUUUAUUAUCUUUUCACAAAGGGAAAAAAGAGAGAAAACAAGAAGCGAAUAUAAAAAAAGUGAUAUUCCCAUCACUUGGUUCUAUUGAAAAAGUCCUCCAAACCCUCGAUUACAACCCAUAUUAAUAUUAUUCAUUGGGUUUGAGCUCGGUUGCUCAGAACUUCGAGCUCGAGCUGCCAUGGAAGUCGCUCUUGUUCCUUUGUUCAUACUCUGUUUCUUAGCUUCAUCUUCCUGUGCAGAGAUCUCAGGCAAAGUAGGUGUCAACUAUGGUCAACUGGGGAACAAUCUACCAUCUCCAUCUCGAUCAGUCGAGCUAAUCAAAUCCCUGAAAGCGAAACGAGUCAAAAUCUACGAUGCCAACCCAGAAAUCCUCACGGCGCUUAAGAACACUGGUCUGCAAGUGUCGAUAAUGGUGCCAAACGAAAUGGUCAAAAACAUGUCCACCAACCAAACACUCGCCGAUCAAUGGGUUCACGCCAACCUCGUCCCUCACUACCCAGAAACUCUGAUCCGUUAUCUCAUGGUCGGAAACGAAAUGCUCAGCGGUUCUGAUAACUCAACCUGGUUCAGUAUCGUCCCAGCCAUGCGAAAAAUCAAGAAAGCCCUUAAAACCCACGGAGCCCACAAAGUCAAGGUGGGCACAACUCUCGCCAUGGAUGUUCUCCAAUCUUCGUUUCCACCCUCGAACGGAACUUUCAGGUCUGAUAUUUCGAGUUCGGUGAUGAAACCCAUGUUACAGUUCUUGAACCGAACCAAGUCCUUCCUCUUCCUCGAUGUGUACCCGUACUUUCCUUGGUCUUCUGAACCCAACAACAUUAACCUAGACUACGCUCUGUUCGAGUCCAGGAAUAUCACCUACACCGACCCAAAAUCUGGAUUGACCUACACCAACCUCUUUGACCAGAUGGUUGACUCGGUCAUCUUCGCCAUGAAACGAGUCGGGUACCCGGAUGUUCGGAUAUGGAUCGCCGAGACUGGUUGGCCCAAUGGCGGCGAUAUAGACCAGAUUGGAGCUAACAUUUACAACGCCGCCACUUACAACCGAAACGUGGUGAAGAAGUUCACGGCCAACCCGCCGGUCGGAACUCCCGCGCGACCCGGUUCGGUGCUGCCGUCGUUCAUAUUCGCAUUGUACAAUGAGAACCAGAAAGGUGGUCCGGGUACGGAGCGGCAUUUCGGGUUGUUACACCCGCAUGGAAAGCCUGUGUAUGAGAUCGACCUGAGCGGAGAGACACCUUUGUCGGACUACGAGCCGUUGCCGGCGCCGGAAAACAACACGCCGUAUAAAGGGAAGAUUUGGUGCGUGGUGGCGAAGGGAGCCAAUAAGACGGCUUUGGGAUCAGCGUUAUCGUACGCUUGCUCGCAGGGGAAUAAAACUUGUGACCCGAUCCAACCCCGCGGGUAUUGCCGUCACCCGAACUCGUUGAUACGACACGCAAGCUUUGCGUUUAGCUCUUAUUGGGCUCAGUUCAAAAAGAGCGGAGGGAGCUGUUACUUUAAUGGGCUCGCUACUCAAACUGCCAAAGAUCCAAGUUAUGGAUACUGCAAGUUCCCUAGUGUGACACUAUGAGAAAUAUAGAACUUAGAAUUUUGAUUGGGUCAUUCACUUCAUCAAUUAUAUUUUUUUUAUUAUUAACUCUUUAUUUUUAUUUACAUUAAGGUAAUUUAUUAUUAGCAAAGAAAACCCCAUUUUGGGGUGAUUUAUUUUAUUUUAUUUUAUAUUUAAAGUUUUUACUAUGGUUGUUGUGUUGAUAAAUUUGAUGAUCACUAAACAAAAUCUCUCUAGUCAAUGCCUUAUGAUUUUUUGUGUGUGUACGAAUGGUGCUUGCAACGGCUAUAAUAUUGUGGUUAUUGGUGUA